AUGGCUCUGCUAGCACUACCAUCGCUCUCAUUUUCAGGACUGCACCCCGCAAACUCUAAACCAGCAAGAACCCUUUUUCCUACUAUUUCAUAUAAGCAUCAAGAAUCAGCAUUAAUUUAUGCUAGAAAUAUUAGGUUACCAAAUUAUGGCGUCAAAAGAAAAGUUGGAAAUGACAGAACGAAUAUACCAGUACCAGAGUAUGAAAAAGACCAAAACUUUAGGAAGAUUUUGCUACCUGAUGUGGUGGUGAAGAGAAGGGAUGUGUUUUGGAGCAGAAAGUGGAGUUUUUGGGAUGUGUUCUCCCUAGGUUGGAUGGUUUUUAUACAUCUGCUAUGCCUUCUUGCUCCCUAUACAUUCGACUGGGGUGCUUUUUGGGUAGCAUUUGCAUUAUAUAUAGUCACUGGCCUUCUUGGUAUCACUCUUUCUUAUCACAGGCAUCUUUCUCACAGGAGUUUCAGAAUUCCUAAAUGGCUUGAGUAUUUUUUCGCAUAUUGUGGGGUUCUUGCCGGUCAGAGAGACCCAAUUUUUUGGGUAAGCACUCAUCGGUACCAUCAUCAGUUUUGUGAUUCUGAAAAAGACCCACAUAGCCCUAUUGGAGGAUUCUGGUUUAGUCACAUGGGUUGGAUAUUUGACUCAAACUCUAUUGUCGAAAAGUGUGGAGAACCCAACAAUGUUGGAGAUUUAGAGAAGCAGCCUUUCUAUAAAUUUCUUCAAAAAAGUUGUGUAAUCCAUCUACUUGCACCUGGAGCAGUAUUAUAUGCAUUGGGAGGACUUCCAUACUUAGUCUGGGGAUUUGGUGUGCGAUUGGCGUGGGUGUACCAUAUUACUUGGCUAGUGAAUUCAGCUUGCCACGUUUGGGGAAAACAGGCAUGGAAUACGGGUGAUUUUUCCAAAAAUAAUUGGUGGGUGGCUGUGCUUUCAUUUGGAGAGGGUUGGCAUAACAACCACCAUGCCUUUGAAUAUUCUGCUAGACAUGGACUAGAAUGGUGGCAGAUUGAUAUGACUUGGUACCUUAUAAGGUUCCUUGAAGCUAUUGGAUUGGCAACUGAUGUGAAGCUUCCAACAUCUGCCCAAAAGCAAAGGAUGGCUUCGACCACUGAGGGUAAUCCGUGA